AUGAGGGAAUCAAAACCGCAGCCCCUUACACUGCCCCCAGCCUCGCCGCGGCGGUCUACAAACCUUGAUACAAAGUCCUCAUCACCUAUGGCGAAUGCAGAAUCACCACCUACCAUCUCCCUCCAACCCGCAUCAAACAAAAAAGGCCCAUCAAAAUCUAGAAAACUUUUCCACCGCUUUCGUGCUGUUUUCCGGUCAUUUCCCAUCAUAACCCCGUCGUGCAAGAUCCCGGUAUCUCUCCACAACGGCGGCCGGAUUGGGGAAGGGCACAUCCACGGUGGUAUCAGGAUGACUGGAACCCUAUUUGGGAACCGCAGAGCUAGGGUGAGCCUUGCAAUCCAAGAAAGCCCCAAGUGCCUCCCCAUUCUAGUAAUAGAGCUAGGGAUUCCAACAGGAAAGCUCCUCCAGGACAUGGGAGCUGGAUUCGUGAGGGUAGCUCUCGAAUGUGAGAAGAAACCAGGUGAUAAAACUAAGAUCAUCGAUGAGCCAAUAUGGAUGUUGUAUUGCAAUGGGAAGAAAUCAGGGUAUGGAGUUCGGAGGGAAGCGACUGAAGAUGACUUGAGUGUCAUGCAAGUACUGCAGGCAAUUUCUAUGGGAGCCGGUGUGAUACCAAACGACGGCGGCGAGAAGCCGGACGGCGAGGUCAUGUACAUGAGAGCGCAAUUCGAGCGUGUGAUUGGGUCCAAGGAUUCGGAAACGUACUACAUGUUGAAUCCCGAUGGGAAUAACGGGCCCGAACUCAGUCUAUUCUUCGUAAGGGUUUAG